UUAAAUUUUUUGAGCCACUUUAUUUUACACGUCCUUAUAAGCAAUUGUUUGCGUCUAUUGCUAUAUAAAGAGCUAAUUCCUUCACCAUUGUUGCAAAAAGCACAAACUAGUUUAGUUCCAAAUAUGGGAACACCACCAAAGUUGGGGCAAUGGGCCCUUAUUGCUUAUGCUUUUGCCAUUUGCUUGAUAGCCACUUGUGUAGCAGCUGAUUAUAAGCCUGACAUUUAUGAUUCAUCAUCUUUGUCAUCCCUUUAUAAGUCACGACCGCCACCGCCACCUUCUCCCCGACGUCCUUCCUAUUAUAAAUCACCACCGCCACCUUCUCCCCGACGUACUUCCUAUUAUAAAUCACCACCGCCACCUUCUCCCCGACGUCCUUACUAUUAUAAAUCACCACCGCCACCUUCUCCCCGACGUCCUUACUAUUAUAAAUCACCACCGCCACCUUCUCCCAGACGUCCUUACUAUUAUAAAUCACCACCGCCACCUUCUCCCCGACGUCCUUACUAUUAUAAAUCACCACCGCCACCUUCUCCCCGACGUCCUUACUAUUAUAAAUCACCGCCACCACCUUCUCCCCGACGUCCUUACUAUUAUAAAUCACCGCCGCCACCUUCUCCCCGACGUCCUUACUAUUAUAAAUCACCGCCACCACCUUCUCCCCGACGUCCUUACUAUUAUAAAUCACCGCCACCACCUUCUCCCCAACGUCCUUACUAUUACAAAUCACCACCGCCUCCACCAUCAUCACUACCUCCACAUUCUUACAAAUCCCCACCAGAACUUUCUCCAUCUCCACCACCAACUUAUUACUAUACAUCACCACCACCACCAAUCCUUUCUCAUCCUCCACCUUAUUAUAAGUCACCAGUACUUCCAUCUCCAUCUUUAUCGCCACUUGCAUCUCCAUCUCCAUUGUCAUCACCAUCGACUACACCUAUUGCUGAACCAUUUCCAUCUCCAUCACCACCACCACCAUCCACUACACCUAUCGCUGAACCAUUUCCAUCUCCAUCACCUAUCACUGAACCAUUUCCAUCUCCAUCGCUGCAACCACCAUCGGCUACACCUAACGCUGAACCAUCUCUAUCUCCAUCACCACCUCCAUCUUCAUCUCCAUUGCCACUACCAUCGACUACACCUAUCGCUGAACCAUUUCCAUCUCCAUCACCACCACCACCAUUGGCUACACCUAUUGCUGAACCAUUUCCUUCUCCAUCGCCGCCACCACCAUCAAUUACACCUAUUGCUGAACCAUUUCUAGCUCCAUCAUUGCCGCCAUCAUCUCCCCCACCUCCACCAUCGGUAAAGUCUCCGCCUCCUCCAUCUCUAAUCCGUAUUCCACCACUUCCAGGUGUUCCAUUACCUCCAGUAUUGCAGGUUCCCCCACUCCCACGUGUGCCAUUACCUCCAGUACUCCAGGUUCCACCAUCAAAUUCCCCACUUCUACCACCUUCUCCAUCUCCCCCACCUCCACCAUCAGUAAAGUCUGCGCCUCCUCCAUCUCUAAUCCGUAUUCCACCACUUCCAGGUGUUCCAUUACCUCCAGUAUUGCAGGUUCCCCCACUCCCACGUGUGCCAUUACCUCCUGUACUCCAAGUUCCGCCAUCAAAUUCCCCACCUCCACCACCUUCUCCAUCUCCCCCACCUCCACCAUCGGUAAAGUCUCCGCCUCCUCCAUCAAACUCUCCACCUCCUCCAUCUCUAAUCCGCAUUCCACCACUUCCACGUGUGCCAUUACCUCUAAUAUUUUAGGUUCCACCAUUCCCAAGUAUACCGUUUCCCUUUCAUUGAUCCCCCUAGUACUACAACUCACCUCCAUUAAUCUCAUGGUUAUCACUACACAUCUUCUCCUCCUCCUUCACGGCUGAAAUAAGUUUCAUUUACAAUAAUUGCAUGAUAUUGCAUCUUAUCUUAUUGGAAAUGUGUAAUCAAUAGUGUUACUCUUUGGAAGAGAUUUGGUUACUGGUAUUGUAAUGAUUUUUCUUUCCUAACUUGGUGUAUUCUAAAAUAAAAGGAUCUGAAAGAAAUCCUGCGUCGGCGUUGUAUUUUGUGCUAUUAAUCUAAAUAUAUUUUGCUUUUCGCAAAUAAAUAACGUUGUUGUUUAUUUUUAAA